UGUCAAGACUCAAAUAGUAGAUGCAGCUUUUUGAUGAACUUUUAGAAAUAAUUAAGGACAGCGUAUGUUGAUUACCUGGGUAAAAUGAAGAAUACUUAAUAACUUAAAGCCGUAUCACAUAACUAUAAAGUAAGGAUGAUCAAAUAAGGGCUAAAAUAACAAAAUAAAUGAGAUAUAAAGAAUUUGAAGUGAAAACAAACUGUCUACUUGCUACCAAGCUUAUAAAAAUUAGAGGAAAUACAAUAUCACCUUCUAAGAGCUAUUGUUAAAGAUUGUAUGUAAUUCAUGGAAGCCGCAAGUCUACUAUUAACCAUAUUUGGCAGGAGACAAGCCAAUGUGCAGAUUUUUUAACAAAUGAAUUAUCAUCGACAUGCCAACGAUUUACUAAUCUGAAAGCUCAUGCGAAUAUGAAGUUUUUCUCGUACCAGAUUUGAACCAUUGUAAGCAAUUAUUUAGUUUUUCUAAUGUACCAAAAAAUACAUAGACGACGUUUUUUUCCGUUACCUUUAUUUAUCUUUUUCUCCAUGUCUUAUUGUUAACUCUUUUAGCUAGCCUUUUUUUUUUUUUUUUUUUUUUUAAAUCUCAACUUGCCGAAGUAACUUAUGCUCUUAAUCUGGUUCCACCAAAUGAACCACUAUAUGAAUAUGGAUAAAUUGUCAAUCUAUGCAAGUUGGCUGACAUAAAAUGCCUAUCAAGUUGGAGUCCAAACAGUUUACCGACAUAAAUAUGUCGCUCCAUCUCAAUUUAUUUCACUUUUUCUUCUUAGAUAUUUAAGAAAUACUCAUCAAGCACUAUAGGUAUCCUUUACUCGAGAAUUAAUCGAGCCAUAAAGUUGUAGAGACUAUAUAACUACAAGGAGCAUAAAAAAGAAUUCAAUUAAUCUUGAGACAUAAAAAUGGGGAUUUAGGAAAUACAUGUUUACUGAUGUUAGAAAAUAUACUUGUCCCUCGUCAGUUUGUGUAAUUUUUUUUAGAGGGGUUUAUAAUGUCAUGAGCGGCUCCACCCAUUUCUUUUAGAUUUUGAGUUGAAUACUCAAUUUUUUUCAUAUGAUAUUAGAGACGAACUUUAGUAAAACCAUUUUCUUGAUGCAGCAUAUUCUAUCGCUUUGGGCUUCUCUUUCUCAAAUGAUUAGUCGAUUGAGCUGCUCUAACUUCUCACAUCUUCUCAGUUCAGCUCAUCGAGCCACUACCUUUCUUGCACACUCACUCUUUGAGCCUACUCUCUCUUUCUUUGCUUCAGGCUCACUCCUUUGCUCGCUCGCGCACACACACUCUAUACAAUUUAGGCUACUCUCUUGUGAAAAAAAGGCCAAAAAAGAAAAAAUAAUAAGCCAAAAAUAAUAUUCAGAACAAAUGUAAACCUAGAAUUGGGUGAGGAAGGAUGUUAGAGAAUACAACUAUUCCUUAUUAGUUUGUGAAAGAGUUUUCUAAGAGGUUAUAAUAUCCUAAUCAAGUCACUCCAUUCAUUAGAUACUCAACUUCUUUCACAAGAGAAUAAUCAACAAAAUUUGAUCUAACUGUGGCACUACAUAUUAUGUUGUUCGAACUCUUUAAAAAUGUAUGUAUGCGAUUAUCAGAGGAUCCAACCCACACCAGCAACAUAUAUUUUUAGAAAGUCCGAGCAAGGCUCUGCAUAUUAUAUAGUAUAUGUUAUGUGCUGUAAAUUCUUAUUUGAAGGCACAUUUAAUUAUCUUUUGUCUGGAACCAAUAUCUAAACAAAAGUAGGGCAAUAAUCCAAGAUUUUAAGGGCAGUGUUGGCGACAAAUUAAGAGGAUGGAGCCUUCUUUCUUGAUUUUAGCUGAAGAAUUUCAUCCACAUAAUAAGAUAACAUAGUAAUGAAAAAAGCUACACAAUUUUAAUAUUAUAUUUUGAGAGAAAUUUGCAUAGUCCUUUGUCAUGUUAUUAAUAAAAAAUAUUAGCAGUGAGCUAAUCCAAAAAUGACAGAGAAACCCUAGAGAGAUGAGAAGACUUUUUUGGUUUUUCAAAAGUAUCACAUCACCCACUCUUUUUCUACCUAUAAAACCAAGUCUUCUCUUCCAAAAAAUUUCAAACCAACAAUUAUCACAAGUACUUCAAGAGUUAAAGAUUUUGGAAGCAAAAUUCAUUAGAAAGAAAAAAAGAAAAAAAUUAAAUAUGGGGAGAGCUCCAUGUUGUGACAAAGCAAGCGUGAAAAAAGGUCCGUGGUCACCAGAAGAAGAUGCAACACUCAAGGCAUAUAUUGAAGAACAUGGCACUGGUAACAAUUGGAUUGCUCUUCCCCAAAAAAUAGGGCUUAAGAGAUGUGGGAAGAGUUGCAGGCUAAGAUGGCUCAAUUACUUGAGACCUAAUAUUAAACAUGGUGGAUUCACUGAAGAAGAAGACAAUAUCAUUUGCAGCCUCUAUAUUAGUAUUGGCAGCAGGUGGUCUAUAAUAGCUGCACAACUUCCUGGAAGAACAGACAAUGAUAUCAAGAACUAUUGGAACACUAGACUGAAGAAGAAGUUGCUUGGAAAAAGAAAACAAUCUCAAAUGAACAGAUUAUUGCUUGCUAGUGGUGGCCAAGAUCUUAAGGAAUCAAAUGGAUUAGAAGAAAAUUCAUUAUUACAAAACCUAAGCAACUCAGCUCUUGAAAGGCUUCAACUUCAUAUGCAACUUCAAACCCUACAAAACCCUCUUUCUUUCUAUAAUAAUCCAUCACUUUGGCCUAAGUUAACCCCUCUUCAACAAAAAAUGAUCCAAACCCUACAAGCUAAUGGCAUAAACGAGAACCAAUCACCCCUUUUUGCGCCGAUGAAUCCUAGUGAAAACCAAGCUCGUGAUCAUGAACUAGGGCAGAAGGUUGGGAUCAAUGAAUUUGCUAGUACCAUGAGUACUACUAGAUUCAAGGUGAAUGAAUUAGUGGAAAAAAGUCCAAUUGAUGACUUUAACAACAAUAAUAAAAAUCCUCUUGACACAAACAUAGGGCAAGAAAACACUAGAGAAAUCCAGAUUCAAGGCGUUCAGGGGUUUACUCAGCUAGAUAUCGAUGACCUGAUACUCAACAACAAAGGAUCAGUAGCCCUGAAUUUGCCUUCAGAGAAUCAACAGAUAGCCGAAUUCGACUGUUUUAAGGAGAUGGAUGAUGGAUCAAGGGACAAUUUGGCAUGGUGGUCUAAUGAUUUUGACACAAAUACAGCUUCUUCAUCAAAUUCUUGGGGUUCAUCUUCAAAUAUUCUUCAUAACACUCAUGAAGGGAUGUAUCAUCAAGAUUAUGCACUAGGGUAUAAUUUGCAGUGACAGAUAGUUAUGAGGGUUUAGAGCGCCAUUUGAUAGUAUUGAAAGGGGGAAUAGGGAAAGCUUGUGGGUAAAUUAAAGUUUGUUGUAAAUUUUUGUGUGAAUAAUGCUUUCUCUUUGUCAUCUUGCCAUAUAACU